AUGGCAGGCUUCAUCCAAAACUACGUUAUGGGCAUGGUGCAAAACGCAGCCGCAGGCGCCGCGACCUACGCCAUCACGACGGGCGGCCGGGUAGUCGGCGAUGCCGUCAUCGGCGCGGGCGACCUGAUCGAAGGUGCUGGACGGAACGUUGGCAACGGCAUCGAAGGCUACAUCGACCGCUACGGCAACUGGAUCCGCUCCUACGGCGACUCGACCAUCGCCGCGACGGCCGCCUCGUCCAGCACCCCGGUCAAGCCUAAAUCGGCAAAGGAUGGCGGAAAGAACAAGAAAGCUCUCCCCUCGACCAAAACGCCCAAAGCCCUACCCGCGCCCCCCGGCGGCAGCGGCGGUCGGCCGAACCUGAAGAAGUCAAACUCCGACUCCAAGUCCCCGCUCUCCUACUACGACACCACCACCAAGGCGCUGCCCACCUCGGGCGUCAAGAAGGCGCUGCCGCCGGCGACGGGCGGCAUGGACGGCUUGAGCAAAGGGCAGCUGGCGAAGCUGCGGGGGAUCAGAGCGGAGGAUCUCAAGAAGGGGACGAAUGGCGUGACGAAGGGCGUCGGUGGAGGUGUGAAUAAAGGCGUUGGCGUCGUUGGUGGAGGUGUGAAUAAGGGUGUAGGUGCCGUUGGCGGAGGGGUGAACAAGGGAGUCGGUGCCGUCGGAGGCGGCUUGAACAAGCUGGGCCAAGGUGUCGUCGGUGGAGUAGCGAACAACAACAAGAAGAAGAAUACGACGGCGCCGAGCGUGGCGGGCAGCGAGGCCGGCUCGAAGAAGGGCGAUUCCGGCCCCGGCAAGCCGUACGUUGCGAACGUAGCGGGUAACGGGCCGACGGGGACGAAGAAGCAGCAGCAGCAGUCGGGGAAGCCGUCGACAGGCGGGGCACUGAAUCAGCAGUAUCCUAAGCCAUUUUCGACGAAGAGGCCGGAUGGAAAGGUGGUGAUCGCGCGUGAGUCAAAGCCCGGUGCGGUGAGGACUGGUGGAGGAGGAGCGGGGCCAGGCAGAAAGGAGGGCGGCGGUGGUGGUGGGGGCAAGAAGGAUGAGAAGGGUGGGUUUGACUUCAUGAGGAUGUACGCAGAGGAUCCCAAGAAGAAGGGUCCGGGCAGCGUGGCCGGAAGCGUGAAGACGAACGCAUCGGCAGCGAAGAAGAAGACGGCAGCAGCAGGCAAGGGUGGAGGUGAAAAGCAGGAGACCAGCGGAAAGUACGACUUUUUCUGA